UUUUUCGGCGCUAAUAAAAACUCUCGCAUGUCUCGACUCACAUGCUGCGGUGGACUUGGUUUCCGUGGAGGAACUCUUGAAGCCGACGUGGUUGCGUUUUUUCCAGUUGAAAAGACUUCGAGGGGAAGCCCAGGAAAAAGGCUCCUUGGUGUUUUGCCCUCGGCUCACCGUUUCUCGACUGCAGGAGCAACGGGGGGCUCUUGAGUGUCGGGAGAUCCGCUGAAAGGUUGGAGGGCAACAGAGAGCGCUGGCGAGGAAAGAGAGCAGGGGGGGCAGAAGGAACAUCGGGCGGGGGGAAGGAGGAAAACAGAGGAGGAGAAAAGAGCAGAGAAGAAGGAAGAGGACGAAAGCCGUCACCCAGUCGUCCACGUUUCUGCGUGCGAGAGUUCUUGGCCUCGACGGGGACUCAAAGGCCGGAUUCUUUGCGCGAGGAAAGGCCACCUCAAAGUCGAUGCUCGCGACUCACAAAGACGCGGGGUAAAGGAGACCGAAACCGAAGGGAUCUACGUACAUCUCUGGGCUGAGAAAGGAAGAGCGAUUUUUGUCUCUGGAGCUUCAUCUGUUUCUUCGUGACACUCUCUUUCUUCGACGAUUCGCAACCAGCUGACAACGGGAGCGGAACCGUCUUCGUCCUCUUCUUCUCGUCCUCCUUCUCCUCCUCCUUCUCCUUUUCCUUCCUUUUCUUCUUCUCCUUCUUCCUCCUGCUUCUCCCCCAUGUGCGCGCUCCACAGUCACAGGAACAAUGGCUUCCGGAGCGCGACCGUUCCUCUGUUCUUCCCGACUAGGAGGAGAGAAGAGGAUGGCCUCUGAAGACGAGACGGCCUCGAAGGUGUUUGAUGAGCCAGAGCUUUGCUUGGGGAGCUAUACAGUUCUUAAGGCGUUGCUACGACGCUCCGUAGCGGAGCCUCUCUGGAGGCGCCACGCCGCGACGAGUCCGGCGACUCUGUCGAAGCUUCUGGCGUUCGGCGCGUCUGUUCUCCAGGCCCUCGCAUGCAGCCACGAGGAAAUGCACCAAAGGCAAAGACGAGCAGCUCGAGAGAAACCGAGUGAUCGCCCAGACGCGUCUCGGGCGUCUCUGGACAUCGAUUCCUCAGAUGCUUCGUUGCACGCAGAUGAACGGAGGUCUUCGCGCGACAAAGGCCCCCUUCUUGCUGCUGGUGACUCGCCUCUUUCGCCUCUCGCGCUCCUCGGCGAGCUGGCCGUCCUUCUUCGGAUUCUUCGAAAUCUGUGCGUCGAGGGCCAAGAGACACAAAACCUUCUCCUCUCUCUCGGCGGCGCCGAUCUCUUUCUCUCCAAUACACACGUUCUCGUCGAGGCACUGGCGCACUUCCCUCCCAGCUGUCGCUGCUCGUCCUCUGAAGGCGGAUGGAGAGACAGUGCAGUCGACGCUGCAGCCUCUGUACAGAGCACAAGCGAGCUUGAUCAAGGAAGACAAAAAACCUCUCGCUCCUCCCCACAAGUGAACAAAAGCGGCUGCGAGGACAAAGCGAAAAAAGAAGGGCGGGCAGACACGCCGUCGGAUCUAAAUCUGGAGAGCGAACAGGACGCGAAAGGAGUGGCGGCGUCGCUGCUUCAGUUCCUCAGCAAUCUGUCCGCUGGAAAUGACCGCGCUCGGGUGUAUGUACAGCAGAGACUUCUGUACGUGCCGCUGCUGCUCUUGGCCCUGGCGUCGCCUUCAGUCGCCCCGGCCUUCAUGCUCCUCAACACUCUGUUUAAGGGCGAAGCGAGCAGCGAAGAGCGAAGUCUCAGCACUCACAAAAGCAGACUCUCCUUGGACACUGAGAGUGCCUCAGUUUCCCCAGACGGGGCGGGAGCCGCCUCAAGUGGAGCCGAACGUCUCAGGGAAGCUGGUGGAGAAAGUGACAAGGCUGAGAAGAGUGCGCACACCGAUCCCCCGCGGUGUAUGUACACCAAGAAGCACUCGUGUGAGUCUGGCGGCGAAAGCGAUCGGUUUUUCGAAUUGCUUGCUGCUCUAUACAUCAUCGCAGCCAACGAAGACACCGCUUACGUCGCCAGUUUGCAUGCAACGGAAACCAGCUCAGGAGAGCGAAACAUCGAAGUCGACGACUGGAAAGAGACCAAGAGAGACUCCAGGACGACUUCCGCGCAUGCGGAGGAAGCUGCAGUUCAGAGGCCGGCGACGCAUCUGGAGUGGCCUCUGCUGUUUAUUCUUCAGUUGCUGAACAGAGAGUCGGACGGCAGCUUCUUUUUCCGGUUUCUGGAGAGUCUGCAGCUGAGUUUCUCGACAGACACGAUGGAACGUUUCGCUGUUCUUCUCCUCGCGCCGCCAUCGCUGGCUGAGCAGAAUGCCGGGAAAGCGGCCGUCGCGAAAUGCAAGCAAUUGCUUGAAUUUGAGGAAGAAGCGGGGACGAGAAUCUCUCAGGAGGCGGCUGAAGAACGUACGAAGAACGAGACACCAGAGGAGAAGUACGACGAGAUUCAAGCUUUCUGCGACCGGCCCUGCCGCGCGGUGUACGUACAACAGGCUGUGCGCCAGAAGUUAUCAGGAGUCGGGCAAAGCGGACUGUUUCAGUUUCUGCUCGUUCUCUUCGAGGCCCUCUUGGACGACACCGACAAAGGUCAGACUGACUUUAAACCGGGUGGAGGCGAAGCGAGUGACGCGGAGACGCCGACGACUCUGCGAAUGAAGUUGAGCAAGAGCCCCGCCUUCUACGGCUUCGUGAGCGGCCAGCUGCGUCGCGCAUUUGAAGGUGGCGAGUGUCUGAGGGAAUUUGGACUCUUGCAGAGAAACAAAUGGGUUCGAGACCGUGCGGCAGAGACGGAGGCUCUUCCAGAUUCUCUAAGACACGGAAGAGAGGCGGAGAAAAGACCAACUGCUGAUGCAGAAGGGGACGCGUCAGGGUCCGGUGCGAGUCCAGCCACGCGACCGGCUUCCUCCCCUGGGAGUGCGGGAGCAGAAAGCUUCGCUGAGUUUUUCUUUUCUUCCCUGCUGCGGUCGAUGGAUACAGCCGCAGCCUACGGAGGGGUCGAGACGCACCAGCUCCCAAGAAGAAAUGUUUGUUUGUCAACUGGUGACUCGGUCUCUCGGCUGGCGCAGACCACGGAAGAAACGGGGGAGAUGGGCCAGCUGGCGCGCUGUACAGACGCCUUGGCAAGGAGGUCUGACCUGGAGAAAGGCACAUGCGAAGACACUUGGAAUGAGGCGUUCUGUCCCUCCGGACCCCCAUUCGAUAUUUUGCUGUUUGCUUCCCAAGUGAAGCACUAUUUAAGCUCUUUCGACCCUCUGAGAGGAAAGCGCGAAUUCGCCGACACGGAACACAGAACAUCUGAGGGUCCUGCGGCCAAAUGUCUCCGACCUCACGACGCUAGAGGCAACGCACCAACGAAAAACGAGAAAAUACAGAUUCUUCCUCCCUCGCCCUCGACGCGUGCGGCGAAGAAAGCCGAGGACGCAGAAGGCGUGACAGUAAUCGAGGGAUCUCGUUCCGCGAAAGAUUUGUUUCUGUCAGCCUGCAGCUUGCCAGCUUCGGUGAGAGUAGUCGACGCGUUUCGCGUGCUGGAGGACAUUCUUCUGGACGUGUCUGUCGCCCGAGCGGAAGCUUUGGAGGCGUGGAAGCAGCGCGAACGGAGUCGAAAGGACGCUGGGAACGCUCGCGAAGGCCGCCUGGGUUUCUCCGUGCGUGAGCAGGAAGGGACCCACGACGAGAACAGAGAGCCGACCGAAGCGAGGAUUGAGAGGCGGUGUGAGCAGGACACUUCUGUCCAGAAACAAAUCGAAUCCUCGGUGGAAAAUCUCUUGCUUCUCUUGCGCUUCACUCAACAGCAGCGGCUCCUCGCCUUCUUGUACUGCUCGGAUAAGACCACGCAGGAAAAGGCGUUGAAGACUGCGUCUGAGACUCGCGGCCAGGAUACUCGCGCGACAAAGAACAACUGCACUUCAGCGUCGGGCGAGCACCCGGAAGUGAAUGCGGAAGAAAUUCCUGUUCAGCCGCAUGCAGGCGACCUGCUAAUUUGGGGGCUGCUGCAGCGAAGCGUCAAGAGCGGCCUGCUGAUUCGAGCGCUCGCGAACCUUCUCGUCGACUCUCCCCGUUCUCAACAAAUUGCACUGCAUGCGCAAGCCCUGCCGUUGCUGGCCUCCUUUGCCCACACCAACGAAGAUGAUCCCUUCACGAGGGAGUCGGCUGUUUUUGCACUGAGGGUCCUGUCGGACGGCCAGGACCACAAAAACAAACAAGCAACUUGUUCUCAAGCAACCGGAAACCAAACAUGACGACUGAAGGAAAUGCGCUCCACACUCUAAUAUGUACUUCAUUUUGAAGUUGGAGAACGGAAUCAUUAUUAAGCUCCCGGUAGAAACCCGAGACGAGUUUGCUGCCAGUGAGGGAGAGCAGGGACCACUGUUUUCCGAGUAUGGUGGAAUUCCCGUUGAACGGAACGGAGUGGCGUGUUGCGAAUGAAACAAUUGUGGCAGCCGUUCUUUUGCCGGUGGAAUAUUCCAAAUGGAACGCUUGGGGCGGAAGACCGCACGAGGGGAUCGAUUGUAAAUGCCGUUCGGUUGUGCAUGCAAAGAGUCAGGUAUUUAUACUCAAACCAACUCGUGUCGUCUACGUUACCGCCACACAGGAGCCGCAGGUUCUUUGUUAAGGGGCAGUUUAUAUUGGUUCACGCUAUAUGGAACGGUGAAUGAUUUUGAUAUCCUUUUAGUUAAGGCAGUUUGACGUUCUGAUAUGAGCCCUCCUGCUUUUCUAGAUUCAAG